GGCACUUGGCAGUACAGUGAGUAUGAGGUGAUAACGAAAACGUCGGGGCGCGAGCGACGUCUCAGACCAGUAGUCACUGUAUUGAGUAGCCAGUUCGACUCUACAUGCGACGUGGAGCGCCACGAUAUUCUAGACUAUAAGCUCCAUACAUAACCGCGAAAAUAAACAUUAACUAUCUCUCCGAUAAAACGAUACCGCAUAUCAGUUUGUGAUAACUCGCCAAUGUGAUAAGAGCCGAAAUUGUGGUGGAAACUUGUCGCCGUUUGUGUAUUAUGUAAAACAAUAUUUGUGAAUUUUCUGGUGUAAUUAUGGCAGCCACAGCGGGUCCUCGCAAAACGGUCUCUAUCUACGACUACCCGGAACAUCUGAAUCCAUUUCAUGAAGAAGAUAAUCACAAUAAGAUAAGAUUCUGGACUAUCGGUCGUAAGCUAAAUAGAUCUAACAGCAUCACUUUUUCUGGAAUCAAAGACCUUAAAAAUUCGUGGGCCUUUAGAUCGUUUUUAAAGAAAGGCAAAAAAGGUAGUCAAACACAAGAAAAAUCCAAAACAAAUCAGGCCAAUGGAGAUUCCAGUCCGAUUUUAUUCAGGCGAGCUAUGCAUUAUUCGUCGAUGACUCCAGGCAAUCGAAGUACUGUGGGCUCACCAGAACGUUACGUCUACGGAGGGUCCGUCACUCCGCUACCACGUUCAAGGUUCCAAGAAAGAUUGCGAAGUUCCAGUCAAUAUGAUACUAAUUCGCUUAGCGCUACCCCAAGAAUGGCCCGCAGUGAGGUUACUGGGUCUAGACUAAGCGUGGCAAGUACAAACCCAUUUGACGAGGAUCCUGUGCCGCCGAUCCGCGCGUCGCGACGCAAAAAGAAACGAGCCCCUCUACCACCGGCCCCUGCCUCCGCAGACGUAACGGUGAACAGCGAAAUUUCGGAAUUGAACAUUAGUGAAACUGAAACGAACACACAAUCCAAAACGGAAACUGAUUUGGAAUUAGAGGAUAUGAACCUGAAGAUUGAACUUAAGAUUGUCGAAGAUGAAGAUGUACAGAGAAAGACCACAGACGAAAUAAAUCUUCAUAUUGCGGAGCCAGAGGACUCGGAAAACAAUAACAUAGUAAAAAAUGAGGUUAAAACGCCGGAAGUUACAGCUGAAGAACAAAACUUAGAAAUAAAAUCGAGUGAAAUAAAUGCAGAAGAGAACAAGGAACAAAACGUUUUGCAUAAUGCUGACUCCGAAGACAACAUCAUAAACACAGUUGAAUUCCCAAAAGUUGAUAUCACUAAAUACAGAAGGAAUUCCAGUGUUAACGAGGACGACAUUCGGUUACGUCGAGGUAACUUAGAAGACUUUCAUACGCUAACGAAUAAAAGAAGUAAAAGUGUGACGAAUUCAUUAGAUACCAGUCACGUGACAUAUGAUAUACAUUUGAACGACAACGAAACAAACGGGAGGGAAGAAUUAAAAAAAGUAGUGUGCAAAGUUUAUGAUGAUGAAUCACGUAAGCAAAGCAUAACCAGUACCGAAAAAGAAUUUCUGGAAAUAGAUAAGGCAACAAGAGAACUUGAAAGAGAAAUAAGCAAACUCAACUCGGCAUUGCACGAAGAAGACAUACCGUCUGUAGAAGAACGUUUAUCUGUGUCUGAAAUUAAAAAACGUUUUGAUAAAAGCGAAAACUCGUCACCAAAUCCAAUACCAAAGCCCAGGAGGAGUCAUUACGGUGGGUCAAGUUCCCCUGUAUGAAAUCUAUUUUAUGUUUUACGUUACUUAUUAUAGUGAAGACUACAAUGAACGUUAGCUACAACGAAAAUAAAACAUUUUGUCAUAUGUAUACCAAGACAAAAAAAAUUACUUGCUGUUCCUAUAGAUAGUUUUUCAAAAAACCAAUGUAUAAAUAUAUCUUGGAAGAAUCUACUCCUGAAAAUAAUUUGGUGGAUAAUUUCCGAUAGAUAUUACAAGUGUAAAUUUUAGAUCAAAAGCAUAAGGUUGUAUAUUUGUGAUAAAAUCAGUCUUACACGGAUCCGUGUGUGUGAUUUUUCGUUCUUUUUUUUUUGAUUUGACGACGGCUUAUGCUUAUUUGGAAGAAUUAUUAAAUAAAUCUUCUAAUACCUAAUAUUCACGUCUAUAAUAUAUUGAAGCAGAAAUAAUCAUAAAUAGUCGAAUUUGUAAUGUCGACUUUGUAAAUUGUAAUCUUGAUGAAUAUAGAGAUGUUUAUUUUUCACGUCCGAUAAAAGCACAAAAGUUAAUUGUAGGUUUUAAUAAAAUUACAAAAACUGACAUGUGCUGUGGAUGAUUCGUAAAAAAAUAUACUACCGUAUGCAUUAAGUUAUAGAGCUUUUUUUUUAAUUUAGGGGCUAAUGCAAUAUGUUGACGUUUAACACUUCAUACAUUAAGUGCAUAAUAAUAUACAUAGGUCCUGUGUCUUUGUUUAUUAUGUUAAAAACUUGUGAUUAACUAUUUAUUAUGUAUGUGAAUGAUUAAAUAAUAAAUAGGUAGGCAAUGUAUAAUCGCAUUAUAUGCCAUAAAACCUAGGACGCUGGGUUUAGAAUUAGAUUUCAUUGUGAUAAUCACUUACUACUUAUUGAGUACAUAUACAUAAAGACAAGCUUCAGUGUAGUACACCUUAUAACAGUCCCUUUAACUUUCAUGAAUAAUAAUAAUGUGAUGUUUAUGGUCAACAAAUUUAGAAUAUCAAUUGAUAAUUUAAUAGUAAUAUAUAUAUUUUUUAUUAAAGUGUAAAUUAGUGUAAAGCUAAAAAGAAAAAAGGUAAUAUCACCAUAUUUGCAGAAAAUCAUAGCUAAUAAGUUCAUUGUGAAACCGUAAUCUAAAGGGAAGGCAGUAAGUACUGCAGUAGACAUGGAACGGGGCAUCAGAAUAUUUCUAAUUGUUUUACAUGGCGUGCAGUGCAACGAUCUCAAGAAUAAUCAUGUCGCGUGAAAAGAUCAAGAAUUUUAAUUUAAAGCAUCCAUUUAUAACAGUAAAAGAAAAUCGAAAAUUUAUAAUAUCAAUUAUGAAUUUUCAGUGUAAUGUUUCCCCCAAGUGAAACAGGGAAUAAGGAAAAUAAAGUUUAUCCGAUACGCUAAACACAUAUUUAGCUAUCUUCAUUGUGAACUCGUAAUCUAAAGCGAAGGCGUUUUACAUUGGGUGCAGUUCAAAACAUUUAUGAGAACGUUUUUUUUUUUCAGUUUUCCAUUGUGUCAGAAAUCAUUGACUUACAUAGCUGGUAAUUUAGUUUUCAGAUUCCAGUAUGCGUCAUACCAUGCUGAGGGUUAUUUGUUAGAGAGAACUAUUAUUUGUUAAUAAAUUAUUUUAUUUACUA